UGUGGAAGAGGCAUCUCUUUCUUGCACGAAGUAAAUGAUCCCUGCUGACAUCGUGUAACUAUUAGAUCAGCAACCCUGAUCCUCUACCACUUCUGGACUUCCAGUGAUGUGAUCUAAACACUGUUACUGUUUUAUCCACUUUGAAUUGGAUUUUCCCAGCUUUUGAAGUGGAAAGUUACUUAACAGGCCAGAUGAUGACAACCUCCUCGCCACCAUCUGAUCUGCCUUAUGCUCUUCACAGAAAACCUAAAGACAAGGCGGAAACCCCACUAAGGGUGGAACAUCCAGGAACCUUUAGUAUUCGUGAUCCUCUACAGAUGGUGUGGGAGCUGGAGGGAGAGACUUUAAUCGCAGUUCCUUCUAGCAAAAAAGUCAAACCUGCUACUAUUUUCUCAGUGCCAUGCACAGACCCCGACAUCUCUAAUGAAAAAGGCAGUCCGAUAUUUCUGGGAGUCAAGGAAGAUCUCUGUCUGUUCUGUGCAGAAAUUGAGGGCCGGCCUACUUUGCAGCUUAAGAAGGAAAGCAUAAUGAAACUGUACGAGGAGAAGAAGGCGCAGAAGUCCUUUCUCUUUCUGCGUGGCAUAGAGGGCUCCACCUCCACCUUCCAGUCCGUCGCCUGCCUCGGCUGGUUCAUAGCCACUUCCUCGCAGGUGGGACAGCCUGUCACCCUCACCAACGACAGGGGCAAAACUUACAACACCAACUUCUAUUUCAGUUCUUUGUAGCCUGGGCUGUGGCUGGCUGAUUCUGGGACAGAGAACCUGUAGGUCAUGGUAAGAGACCACCAAGCACUGCUGUCCAUCCACAGCCCGCCUCAUGCUCAGCACCCAAAGCCACCUCCUCUAGACAUGCACUGGCACACCUCGCCUCCCUCUGGAAUGUCGUUCCAGUAUCAAACCCUAGAGUCACUUUUUAUUGUUUCCUGAUCUUGUCCUAUUAUCCACUUUGCUGUCAAGUCUAGUUAAGUCCACAUCCUAAAUGCUCCUUGUACACAACCAUCUCCUAUUCCUCCUGCCAACCUAUGGCCUAGAGAUGUGAAUUUCAAACAUAUUUGUUCUUACAAAUAUGUUUACUUGAAACAUAAUCUGUUCUAAGACCAGUCCUUCUGGCAUUACCUCCUGUUGCUUCACUGCCCAGGAUUGUUGGGGAUAACCCUUGAACCCCACUCUUUCAAUACAAAUACUCUUUAUUAAUUUUAUGCAUGUUCAUUAUAAAUAUUGGAAACUUACUCCCAAAGAGAAAUGUAAAGGAUAGGAUAACUAUGAAAUAAAAAAUUUUACAUGUUCAUACUCAU